AUGCAGGAUCUUUCGGGUACUCAGGCCGGGCCGAACGCCCAGGCUCGCUUCGGCCAUGCUUCGAAGCCCUCCAGUAGCGAGACCGGCUUCUCACAUGGCGCUUUCACCUCCAACAUUCCCGGUUUUGCCGACAGGCACCCCCGCAGAGGCAACAUCCCGACGAUUAACACGCAGCCGGCCCAGAAUCACCAGCAGGGCGGUCCUAAUGGCGCCGAUCUGACCAGCCCUGGUACGGGCUUCGAUAUGCAGUUUACCCCUCUGCUCCCUUCGCAACUGCUUCUUGGCAGCCCCUUCCAGCCCGGCACCCCUGCUGCCUUCGCGAGCCCUCACUUCCAGAAUGUGAGCAGCUUUCAGGGCCAGCAGCAGAAUCUCCAGCAACAGCAGAACGGCCCCUCGAGCCCGGGCCAGCAGAGCCUCUCUCCGAACGUGUACCAGUCCAUGGUCUCCCCCUCGGCCUACGGUGCGCCGCAGUUCUUUGGCCCUCAGUCUCCGACGGGUACCUUUAACAAUGUCGCUGGUCAGAUGCAGGUACCCCUUCAGCCUACCUCGCCCGUGGGCAUGGGCCCUGGCCUCGUUACUGGUACGAGCCGGACCGUGUAUUUGGGCAACAUCCCGCCGGACACUUCUGCUGAGGAGAUUCUGAACCACGUUCGCAGCGGCCAGAUCGAGUCGGUUCGCCUUCUUCCCGACAAGAACUGCGCCUUCAUCUCGUUCCUGGACGCCAGCUCCGCCACUCACUUCCACUCUGACGCCAUCUUGAAAAAGCUCUGCAUCAAGGGCCAGGAUAUUAAGAUUGGCUGGGGCAAGCCGUCUCAGGUCCCUACCUCGGUGGCCCUGGCCGUUCAGCAACAGGGUGCUUCUCGCAAUGUCUACCUUGGCAACCUGCCUGAGGACAUCACCGAGGAGGAGAUCCGUGAGGAUCUCGGCAAGUUCGGUCCCAUUGACACGGUUAAGAUUGUGCGGGAGAAGAACAUUGCUUUUGUGCACUUCCUCUCCAUUGCCAAUGCCAUUAAGGCCGUGAACCAGUUGCCUCAGGAGCAGAAGUGGCAGGCGCCCCGUCGCGUGUACUACGGCAAGGACCGCUGUGCUUACGUCUCCAAGACCCAGCAGCAAAAUGCCGCCCAGUACCUCGGCAUCGCCCCUGGUUAUGCCCAUCUGCUCACGGGAGCUGAUCGGGACCUCAUCUCGAAUGCUCUGGCUCAGCAGUCCGUGGCUGCGGCUGCAGUCGCUACCGCGGCCGGCGGUAUCCAAAACUUGGGUAACCGUACGAUCUACCUUGGUAACAUCCACCCGGAGACGACGAUUGAAGAGAUCUGCAACGUUGUUCGCGGUGGUCUCCUGCACCACAUCCGUUACAUCCCCGACAAGCACAUCUGCUUCGUGACCUUCAUCGACCCAACUGCUGCCGCGACCUUUUAUGCGCUGAGCCAGUUGCAGGGUCUCAUGAUCCACAACCGCCGUCUGAAGAUCGGCUGGGGUAAGCACUCGGGUGCUCUUCCACCGGCGAUUGCUCUCGCAGUGAGCGGCGGUGCUUCUCGUAACGUGUAUAUUGGCAACCUGGACGAGACCUUCACCGAGGAAAAGCUUAGGCAGGAUUUCUCGGAGUACGGCGAGAUCGAGUUGGUCAACACUCUGCGUGAGAAGAGCUGCGCCUUCGUCAACUUUACCAACAUUGCCAACGCUAUCAAGGCCAUCGAGGCGAUUAAGAGCAAGGAGGAGUACAAGAAGUUCAAGGUCAAUUUUGGCAAGGACCGCUGCGGCAACCCGCCGAGACAGCUGGCCCAGCUUCAGGGUGCUACUGCCAACGGUGCCAACUCUCCCAACGCCAACGGCACCAAUGGCAAUGCUCCAACCAGCGCUGCUGCUGCCGCGGCUGCUCUCUUCAACCCUGCUACCAAUCCUCUGACUCUGUACCUCCAGCACCUCGCCCAGCAGGCGCAGCAGCAGCAACAGCAGCAGCAACAAGCCCUCGCUGCUCAGCAAGCUGCGCUCUUCGGCACGGCCGCUUCCUCUCCUAAUGAGCCCAAUGGUCUGACUCUCGAGGUGCCUCAGGGCCCGAACCAUCACGGUCAUGGCCACUCCGCUAGCAUCUCGACCAAUGGCUUCGGCAACCCGGCCCCGACUGCGACGACCACCUCGUCGGGCGCGCCCACGAUCGGCGGCUUGCUGGCUCCUGGCAACCCGCGGGCGUCCCACAGCCGUGCCGUCAGCCUGCCUGUGCUGGCUCCUGGGUUUGAGAACGGUGGCAACAGCCCUGGUCUGCACGGCGGCAAUGAUGGCGGUCCUGGCCCCGAACGCCGCGGUCAUCAGUACCAGGCUAGCUUCGGUGGUAUGGGUGCUGGUUUCGGUCUCGGCCUGCAGGGGAAUCUGAAUGGAUGGCCUGUUGAGGAGGAGGUUGCGAACUGA